ACCAUCGCUACCCACUCUCUCUCUCCCUGUCUGGUGCCAAAUUUUCUAUAAAGCGUCGAUAUCAUGGUUCCAAUCGAGUCUCAUCAUCAAUAUCCCGGCUUCCUCCUUAAAUGGUAGAGACCAGCCAUCUCCCCUUCCUCUCAACACAUCCACCAUGUUCUUUCCAGUGAAUGUCACUAUGCCACCAUUGAUACCCCCAUCUUUCUCCUGAAUGGAGAAAACCCGUCCCUACUCCCUCCUGAUUAAGAACAUAUUCUUAAAGCAAAUGCCAUUGUUCACGUCGAAUCUCAAGAGCAGGAAGAAACCCAUUUCCUGUCAAAACCCCAUCUUCCCUCUGAUUGUGGAGAACCCAUCUCUCCUUUCCCCCAUAGAAGCAAAAUUCUCACACCCAUCAUCUUAUUUUCCCAAAUAUCUUGUACUUCCAUAGACAAGGAAGAGUACUCAUUCGUCGUCUCCAUUUAGUCUAUACUACGCGCUCUUUCUGUCCUGUCCUCCUCCCCCUGGCGUAGGUGCUUCAUUUGCUCGAGGAAAAAGAGGUUGGGAGCUGGGAAAAGAGGAAGAGAAGAUGGAGGUCCAACAGAAUAGGCCGGAGAUGGCAGCAGGCUGGGCGAAGCAAUCGAUUGGCAUGGGGUACGAUUUCAAUCAGGACAUCAGCUUUCCGUUCUGCAAGGGAGCUGCCCCCCUCGUCCAACUGCACGAUGAGCGCCGGACGGCGGUCGUUCCCGGCGGGAUCCGCGUCCCGGACGUCUCCAAAUCCAUCAGGAUUGUGGCCGGCGAAACACAGCGACUCACGACUGGCGUGCUAUCCUUUGAAGAGAUGUCAAAAAAAUUCAAUAAAGAGCAGCUCAAAUUAACUGACAAAACCCCAUCUGGUUUGUUUAAUGCCAUGUUUGGCUUUCAUGGCCGUUGGCAAAAUGAUGCCUUUGCUACAAAGGGACUUGCCUUUGACGGGAUUCACUCAGUACUUUACAGUAUGGAGUUGGAAGCGGCAGAUCUUAAAUUACUGGAUCACGUAAAGAAAGAAGUUCCAUCUACAUGGGAUCCUGCUGCUUUGGCUAGGUUUAUAGAGAAAUAUGGGACUCAUAUUAUAGUAGGUGUAAAAAUGGGAGGUAAAGAUGUUAUUCAUGUCAAGCAACAGUCCUGUUCAUCCCUUCAGCCAGGUCAUGUGCAAGAGCUAUUGAAGAGGCUAGCUGAUGAUAGAUUCUCAUAUGCUGAUACUAUCUCAUCUGUAAACCAACAGGACCUGUCUUCAAGGAUAGAGGAACCGCAAGCCAGACCAGUCUGUAGACGCCGUGUAUCAUUUUCAUUUGCACUUAAAACGAUAUCUCAGUCUGAGCAUGUUGUUAGCAUAUGUAUUAGAAAAGGAGGUAUAGAUACUGGCCAAGGACACAACGAAUGGUUGGCUACAAUUCCACGCGCUCCAGAUGUAAUUUCAAUGUCCUUUGUGCCUAUAACUUCUCUUUUGAAAGGAUUGCCUGGAAGUGAAUUUUUAGGCGAGGCAAUAAGGCUCUAUUUAAUACAUAAGCCAGCAAAAGGGGAGCUCCACAACUUUUUUGAAUAUCAGCAUCAGAGGCAAUGGAUUCCCGCACCAGAUGACAGUAAACAGCCUUGUCCUAUAAAGCUUCAAUUCACAAUGUUGGGCCCAAAGCUCAAUGUGAACACAAGACCUGUUGACUCUGGAAAGAAACCUGUAACAGGAAUCCGUCUGUUCCUAGAAGGAGAUGUUAUUGAAGAGAAGCUCACCAUCCAUAUCCAACACCUCUCCUCACUACCUGCGUUCCUGAUCCUCUCCAAUGAGCUUGCCUAUGGAUCUGGUAUUGUUAACGACAAGCGCCAGAUUAAGCCUCUGAGCUGGAGACACUGUUCACAUGUAUGUAUUGCACCCGUUGAGUGCACUCUGGCUAUGACUGACAAAUCGGCCUGGAUAGUAACACGCGCAAACUUGGAGGUGCAGAAAAUUCAAAAGAAGAAGGUGCUCUUCCUUAAGCUUGGCUUUUCACUCGUGGAGAAUGCUAAGGUUCAGCGGUCCGAAUGGGGUAGAGCAUCAACUCCAACUAAUAAAUCAGGUACAUUUUCCAGAGGGUUAAGCAAGCGCAUUGGAAUCAGUCAGGCACCAGUAGCAGCAGAAGAGUUGGACUUGAUUUCAGAAGCCCUUCCUAGUAGUUUAGCACCCCGUGCAGGAGGACCAAGGACACCAAAGACACUGAAGUAUGUGGACACAAGAGAAGUAGCAAGAGGGCCAGAUCAUUUUCCGGGAUAUUGGGUGGUGACAGGAGCGAAGUUAUGUGCAGAAGAUGGUAAGAUGUCACUGCGGGUGAAGUACUCUCUGCUAACUACGUCUGAUGAUGAAGAUGCAUAACCAGAGAUAGCGGAUGGAAAAAAUAAAAAAGGCCACCAAAUGAUUUUACAAUGUUUUGAAUGAUGUGGAUCGUGGACAUUUGAAUCUGUUAGUGUGAGGCCUUUUCCUGUAAAUAAUGCUUUGUUGUUUGAGGUGACUGCAGUGUAUUCUGUAAAAAUGGUUCCGCUUAUGCGGGCAUGACUUUUUGUGAGACGUUCAUAGAACUCUGAAGAGGUUGUACAUGUUUGGCAAAUAGCCGGUUUUCCCA